CUUAUAGCACCAUUUAUUUUCCUGUAUCCAAGAAUUAUAAAUCUUUUUUUUUUUUGGAUACCUUUAUCAACAUGUACCUAGGUAUUAUGUUAUUUAUGUAUUCGCCACUGACCCCUCCUUUGGGUCCCAACUCCGCAGAUGACGUCUACGUUCAAGCCGCCUAUUCGCUGCCUCAUCCUGAUGAUCAUCAUGAAUUGCUGGGAUAUGCCGUGGAUUCGACCGUCUGUUUACUCAGUACUUUUUUUCUUUGGUCUAUGGAGAUCUGACCGUCGAGGUACUCGAGAGAGCUGGAAGCUGAUUUCCUUUUUCUUUUGUUUUCCCUCUCUCUCUCUCUCUCUCUUUCGCCAUGUCCUGUCUCCUACCAAAGCAUGUCCAUUGGUAACAUGCGUUCAUAACCAAGGAAUGGAUUAUCGCCAGGAUAAUAACACUUCCAGUCAGAUGGACUGUGACCCUCCAGCAACAGCUGCUAGACGUGGAACUGAAUUCUUGCCUCCACCCCCUCCUUCGUCGCUGAACAAGCAAACUCGUCGCUUGCAUACAAGCUUUCCUCCUCGUCCUUCCUCGAUCCCACAGCAGCAGCAGCAGCAGCAGCAAAUACAACAACAGGGUCAACCGGGGAUCGCCAAGGUCGCCAUUCCCAAGGUUACCACCAGCGACAGCAGCAGACUGCGACGGCGGUCUGCGCGGGCGUGUGAAUCCUGCCGGCACCGUAAGAUCAAGUGUAACGGGAACAAGCCGACCUGUCGACAGUGUGUCGAACACGGGCAGACAUGUCGGUACGUGGAUAUCAAGCGCGUCCGUGAUCAGAAGGAGCUGGGUCUGUUGGCGAAACAGGUCGAGCGCUACGAGGAGUUACUGAGGACGUUGGUUCCGGAGGUGGAUGCCUUGACGGCCGGCCAGAUCAGAAAGACUUUACGGCACUUUCGCCCUGGCGAGGAGGAAGACUCGGAUUCAUACGUCGGAACACUGGAGGAACUGGAUCUCAUCGACGAGGAUCUCAACCGCAACGAGCGCAGCCGGGCAACAGGUUUUUUCGGUAAGACCUCGGAGGUAUCUUGGAUGCAGAAGCUGGAGGACAGCGCAGAACGACAGGGUCAUGGUAGCUUUUCCAACCAGGCGGGGUCGGUGUGUGAUCGUAUUUCAAAUGAUCCGAAUCUUAUAUCCAUGGGAGGGGGGAGCAACCCACUCAAUGCGAUGAGCUACCACCUCGAUGAUCUGAACAUCUCCGUUGUCGGGCCCGUAGAUCCCUACGCUGUGCCGACCAAGGAGGUCGCCGACCGUUUCUUCAACGCGUACAUGGCCUCCGUGCAUCCUUCCUUUGCCGUCAUCCGUCGCACGACUUUCACCACGCAGUAUGAACUCUUCUGGCGGGAUCGGACCCGGCCGAACCGUCGCUGGCUCGCUAUCCUCAACAUGAUCUUCGCCUUGGGUUGUCGGUGCUGUCGAUUAGCGGGUCAGGAGCAUACAGAUAGACAUGAAGGUGACGCUGAAGCUGAAGCUGAAGCUCAAAGCGAGGCUGGAGGUCAAGGUGAAGGUGAACAACUUAAGAAUGAAGACGACCACAUCUUCCUUACCCGCGCGCGCAUGCUCAGUCUCAAUGGCAGCGUGCUCUUCGAGCAUCCGGAUCUGCAGCAGAUCCAGGUCGAGUUUCUGGUUGCCUUUUAUCUCAUGGCUAUCGGGCAGAUCAAUCGGGCAUCGAAAAUCUCCAGUAUGGCAUUUCGAUCAGCCAUCUCGCUCGGGAUCAAUUUACGGCUCGUGGACAACCGGACCCACGACGGCUCCAAAGAGGCCCGCGGUCGUCUAUGGUGGUCGCUGUACGUGCUGGAACACCUAUUGACGGCCAUCACUGGGCGCGUGUCUGGCCUCACGGAAGGGUUGAGCUCGGUUUCCGUGCCGGUCCCCUACGAGGAGGAGAUCUUUGACACCCCAGUCGUGCAGCGACUGUUCCAGGACGGGGCGUGGCGUGAGACCUGUCUCAAGCCCACGCUGUUCGAGGCCGAGGACGAAGAAGGCCAAGUGACGGCCGAGUGGCUGGCCGGCUGCGAUCCUGGGCCCUCGCUGUUUUUCUUCCUGGCCGUUGACCUCGCCAUGAUCACCCAGGCGAUCAUCAACCGCAUCUACAGUAUCGAGGGUCUGCGUGACAAGGGCAGCCAGGUUGAGUCGCGGAUCCUACGCUUCGACGCCCGACUGGAUAGCUGGUUAAGAAAGGUGCCGGAUGCGUACCGAUUCACCAAUGGUACUACUACUACUACUACUACUACCGCCGCUGAUGCCGCCCGACUUUCCUCCUCCCGUGAGCGCGUCACCCUCGCCAUGGGCUACUAUAGCGCCCGUAUCACGCUGUACCGCCCGUGCCUGACGUCCUCGACCCGUCUGGUCCUGGGAUCCUCUUCCAGCGGUACAGCGGUGCCUGUGCCUGCGCCAGUGCCCUCGCCAGUACCCUCCAAGUUCAAAAUGGCCAAGGCGGUGAUCUGUCUACAGUCGGCGUGUGCGUUGAUCUCCACGCUCCCCGACGAACCGGACGUGAGCUGGCUAGCCCACACAACGCCCUGGUGGAACGUCCUGCACUACCUGAUGCAAGCGACGACGGCGUUGCUGCUGGGUCUUUCCUCUUCCUCUUCCGCCGACACGGCGCUGUCAAGCUCGACGAUCCUCGAGCACGUGAAAAAGGCGAUCCGUUGGCUUUACCAGCUGGGUGUCUCGCACGCGGCCUCGCGCCGCGCAUUUAACUUGUGUGCUGGCUUUUUACGACGCCUGGCACCCGUUCUGCGCGUCGAUGUCUCGGAUUUACCAUCUGCGGGGUCGUCUGUCUCGACAGAUACUCCUUCGUCAUCGUCGAUACCGGAGUCGCCUUUUUCAGAAGUGGAUGUUAUUGAUGAUGCUUUCAGGCAGUUUGUUAGUAAUUAAACCUACUCUCCUACACUCUUAUAACUAUGAACCAUGUAUGUAGUUAGAUUCUUAUAGAAGAUUAGUAUUGAGAAUUAUUUAUGAGGAUUGAUAGAUAAAUACAAUGCGACGCUCAACUGACA